AUCUCGGAUGUUUACCUGCAGUCGUCUCAAGGCCCCUCUCAGUGUCUCCAGGUACGCACCACGCAAGCGCGCUCCGUUCAGCCACUGUAACCUCUGACCCCUGGCGCUGACGAGGGCCGCCGCAAGUAGAGAGUUGACGGCGCAAGGUUUCUACUUCCUGCUUGGUGAGUCUAGGAUCGCCGUGACUAGAGGAUGUGCUCACACGUAGUGGGGAUUUCCGUCAAGACACCAGUAGUCUGUGUGUGAGAUGGUAGGUCCACCAGUCACCAACAGAACUACCGUACAGAGGUCGGCAGGCGCGGCACUCCAUUGCUCCUGUCUCGUCUACAUGUCAGUAAUUAUGUAAUGACUGCUGACAGUCAGCGUGGGAGAGACAAAUGCUGUGCACAGAUGUGAAAUACGGAUAACUAGGAGUCAAAUUUGUGAGGUUCUGGGGAGAAGAGAGAGAAAAGGAGAAGAAAAGAUCAUGUGGAAGUACUGUGACAUUCUUGUGAGGAUGGGACCGAGAGUUCUUACCUGAGGAUUUUCAUCUUGAUUAUCUACAUUGGACAGGUGGCGCCAUGUCUAACCGAAGUCAGCCAGAGCGAUAUCUGCAUGGUCUGUAACAACCAAUGUCCUAACGACUUUUAUCCAGACGCUAGUGUGCAGCAGUGCCCCACGACGACGGCAGCAACAACGACAUUGACAACGGAAUCGACACAAACGACCUCGACACUAGCGCCAUCGAAUCCAGUCAGCAAUGAAACGGACGGGGUGCCAGACACAACGACGGGUGCAUCACGGGUGCAGGUCUUCAACGCAACUGUUAACGAGACGUUGAUCUGCCGGCGGUGCAACAAAGAAAGUCCCUCAGCACUUUGUCCGACUCCGGAAAACCCUGACACUGGCAACCAGGUGGCUAUCAUCGCCGGUUCUGUCGCUGGUGGAGUUGUCCUUGUCGCCAUCGUGGUGCUUCUCGUCGUUUUUUGGUGGUGUAGACGAAAAAGGUCAAAAGGUGCAGCUGAAAUGGUAGAAGAACCACCGCCAGAGAUAUCGGGUGGCCUGAGACACGACAGCUCUGCGGACCUGGUGACCCAGCGCGACAAGUCGCAGGGCGAUCCCACCUACGAAAACUUCCAUCAGAAGAGACCCACCAACUCCUCCAUCCAAAUUGGUCACGACAAUGUCACGCGCUACACACGUGAUCCCACCCUGAAAAGAGAACUAUUGAAUCGUUCCAACCCGGAGGACAAAGAGCUGGAGGAACUGGGAGAGGCCCCACUUCCUCCAGGGCACAGGAGGCAUACGAGGAUACCGAAAGCCGCUCCGACCAGUCGGUCUCACGUCGGGGUCGUGACCCUCUCCCACCUGUACCAGGUGAACAUCGUCCUCCCUUCAGCAGCCAGCGCAACCGCCCAGUUACCGGCCAGGCGAAAAGGGGUGUAAAAGCUGAAGUCGCCAAGAAACAAGUGAAGGUGGAGGAAGAUGACCCAGAUGAAGACUACAUAAAUGUUGAAAAACCAGCUACAGGAAAAAAUACGCCCUCUACGGUUAAGGGGACACUACCUCCCGUGCCCACUGCGCAUAAGGGUGGCGACAUCGACAAAGUGGACGACGACGACUCGUCUCCAGACGAGAGUUACGAAAACGUUGGCGCCAAGAAAAAGUUGACCAAGAAGAAACGCAAUGAGGGCAAUGCUCGUAGCGGCCGGGUCAACCCUGUUGUUGUAGACGAUGACGAGGAACCGGAGGAGAUGUACGGCAACCAAGAUGUUGUGGAGGAACAGAGGCGGCAGAGUCGUCCGCACAAGCCGGCCCGCAACAACACCACCACCACCGCCACCACCACCACCACGAAGGGCGGCAACGACAUCUACAUAGCAAUGGACCUCUUGCGAGCCCCGAAGGACGAAGACGAUGAAGUGCAGCCAGUGUACGGAAACGAUGCGAACGAGAACCCUUACGUCAACCUACCCCUCGGCUCAAAGGGGGGAUACUCAUAAAACCUGUGCUAAGCCUUUCGGUUAGAAGGGUUUGUUUGAGAAAAGGUGAGAGAAAGAACCGAAGUCCUCGCAUCACGUGACUUUGUGGACACGCAACGCUCCUGUUUCGAGAGACGUGCACGUGCCUCUCAAACCACAGGGUUAAGGUAACAACCCGGACAGAAAGGUUAACUGAUCGGUGCUGUCAGAUUCAGAUAAGACAAUCUCUCUCUUUGACUUAGCGGAGAUGUGGUGACGAGUGUCUAUACAUACAGUUCUCGUCUUCUCACGAAACUUUUGAGAGAGCGCAUAGGGCAUCGACCCUGACCAUGUGAUAAGUGUUUCAGACACGCCGUUCUAUUUGUUGGAGGAGCAAUAGGCUGUUGGCUGGUCAUUUCUGGGCAUCACGUGGGACUGUUUGCCCACUUCACUGUUAAUUAAUGACCUCAACAAUUUGUUUGUUUGUUUUUGUGAGGUCUUGACUACGCCAGCCACUCGUGAUAUCAAUGCAAUAACAAAAUGACAGUUACCAUGCGUUGGAAUUCUGUGCACCCAUGGAUGAUCCCACUGUUACCCUGAAGUCAGGUGUUUUUGAAUAUUGCGAAGUAUUACUGACAUUUUGACAGAGUGAAAGAAGUAUCAGGACUUGUGGUAUAUCUCUCAACGAUCUUUCGCCUUAGUAUUGCAAGACUACAGUUCUUUCCACGCCAUUAUUCACAGUUCUGUGUUGACGAGUGAGAUCGUGGGUGUGCAAGUUCUUUCGGUAUGGACGUUUCUUCUAAAGGGUACCAACUGAAAUCUUGAUAAGGAAAGCUGUAAAAACAAAACAGAAACGAUCGUGAACGGUCAUUGUUUGAUCAUUGGUGUAAAUCUGAACUGCUGCUUGCUUUCCCCAUUUCCCCGAGACCAACUCUUAGUCUGUGGCGAAGUUGUAGGUUUCAGCCAAAGAUUCGCCAGUUUAAUACCCGGAACCGUGAUAAAAUUCUUAAAGUCAGCCAUAACCUUGCACUAAGCUUAUUACUUAAAUACUUUUUCUUUCCUCUACCUCCAUUUCCCAUAACUCAGAUUCAAUAAACUGAAGACGCAACUGACCAUAAAGCAUAUAUCCAUAUACGUCCGUGGUUUGAUGAUAUGACACAUCUUCAUAAGCAGGCAAACCGAUGGUCACUGACAUGUAAGCAUGAACGCACAUGCAAACAGACGCAUGCACUCACUCACCAUCCUACACAGAGACAACACACAUACACACAGACAGCACAAACAUACAAAGAAAGCAUAUUCCCCUCUUUCUCUCUCAACCUGUCGAGAGUUAAACAAACCUGCACUUGAAUAUUUGCACGUUGGUAGGUUACUCGUAUAAGCUACAGUCCUGUAAUCGCGAAAACCUUAUAUGUUCAUUCUAAAUUAUUACCCAACUUAUUAAAAAUACACAAUGGUAAUUGCAAAAUUUCUGUAAGUUAUAGUUUUCGUGCAGAAGUAGUUCAAGAAAUGCAUUGUCUGUACUAAAGUGAAUGGAAAACGUAAGAAAGUUAUACUGUGAUCAUGUGUAAGUGUGUGAACACAGGUAUACAAUUAUACAAUGUUCACACUUCAGUGAAUAAAAGAAUGUAUAAGUUAUAUCCACGCAAAAGCAAUUGAAAAUGUGUAAUAUUGUGCACCUGCAGCUUUGAUUUACAAGCGACUUGUCAACGAUGACAAAUUAUUCCUGGGCAAUAAAUGAAAUAGUUAAAGGCAUAUAAUACUUGCUUCAUCUACAAGGUAAGAGCCAUGCUAACAUCAUCAGACUAAGGUUUAUUGUGUUUUUAUGCAUAACCUCCCACUGUGAAUUUUUAUGGUGAUUGGAGGAGGUUGCUAUAAGUUCUUUCCAUCACUCUCUCUUUACAUAUAUAUAUAUGCUUAAACAUAACCGAAAGAUUUUAAAACGUAUGUUUAAGUGAACUGGUGACCAAGUCUCGACCUACCUGUAACAGUUCUAAACGAGCAGACAAGGAAAAAUCAUCGUUGUAAACUAUCAAAUAAAUGCAGCCAUUUUUUUCCUGUCCUACUUUGUUGGCUGCUUCUCUGUUGAACCCUUUGGCCCAUAAGCAGGUGUCUACCUUGUGAGAAAUAUGAGAGUAUAACUACAGCUUCGUUAGAGAGAGAGAAAGACAAAAUGAAAGAGAUGAACGAUAAAGGCAAUGAAUUCUUCUCUCCCCCCUUAUCAAACGUUCACCGUUUUCUUAUCUAUACUUUGCCGCACCCACAUUUAAAAAAAUUAGGCUUUGAGAUUAUUCUUAAUGUCCUUUAACUCCUGCGCACGGGCUUUAAAAAAAGUGUGACAGACUGCUCCACAAUUUGACCAUCGCAAGGUCCAAGGUGAUAAUGGCGGAGACAGAUGCACAGUGGUCUCCUUGUCUUUUGCGGAAUGCACUUGAAAAUCGUGAGAAGUGGAUGGGGAUUGUGCCAUUCAGUGGCGGACUCACCAACUUCUCAUGACCUGGCGAGACCUAGCAUAGCCACAUUCUCAAGAAUUGCUGAAGGCAGCAGAAGUGUGGCCAUGGGUAACCAAAGAGGCCAGAGAACAAUAUGGCCAGCCAUUACAUUAAAUAAAUUAUCCAGACUGUGGCCAACAAUAACCACACUGAAGGUAGCGAGACUUUCAAGGCAGUCAGAUAAAGUAGUUUGCAACAAAGUGAUUAGAAGGCUCUGGUUGUGACUUAGAGUAACUUCAGGAAGCAGAAACUACACAAGUGAAGCUGUUAUUAUCUGAUUGAUACACCUUGAGUGGUCAGCUAUUUGACAGUAUGCCUUGUUUGAGUUGACCAUUACCUGAUGAUAUCUGAACUAUGUCCCAAAUAUGUUUAAGCCAUAUCUUUUCGUCAUCUUAUUUCAUAUGCAUCCAAUCAGCAAAUCCUUCCUGGCUUCAGCUGGAGUGCAUAAUUAUCAUUUAUCAGCAAACUAAAGGGCAGUCUUUUGGAUUGGUUUUGUUAUUGACUUCCUUAACCUCCAUUCAUGAAAUCUGUAUGUUUCCUUGGGAAUGUUAAAUUUGUUCCUGUUAAAAUUCCUUCCCCUAUAAGCCAUUCUAGAAUAUUUUGACAUUUCUUGUAAAUGCAUACAUAAUCCCUAUGGAAAGCUGUGCCUCUCAACCGCAGAACUAGUCAUUACUCAGUGUUUAACCCUACUUGAGUUACCUCUCUCAGAGAAAAUCUUGCUAGUGCUGUCUUUCAUAAAACAAACAUUGAUUGUCAUGCUAUGUUUUGAUGUUACACACAAGAUCGUAAGGAUGUUGCUUUUGCCUGUAUUUAAAAUGUAUAUAUAUAAUGUAUACAUUAUCAAUACUGAUAAUUUUGAUUGUCCUUAACCUUGACACUGCUGGCCUUAGCUGAGGACCUCUAUGUGCUACUGGUGUUUGUCAAAAGAUUGGGUACUGCUGUAGGCUCUUGUGCACAUAUCAUAAACAGACCAGCUCACGCCUGACAAUACAUCUCUUGUGGAGAUUAAUGUCCAGUUGUUAAUCAGGGCAGUUAAUCUACAUCUAAACUGCAAAGGAUUAUGAUAGACACUCCUGUAGGGAUUGAAUGAAAUUUUAGCAUUUAAUGUUCAUAUUAGUUUUUCUAUAAGUUAUAUUUGAGCCAUUUAGGUUACAUUCCAGGAAAAUGUAAGCUCCAUUGUGUUACUAUAUUAGUACUUAUUUGUGUAUCAUCAUGUUCACCAUUUCUGACAGUAUGAAUUUGUUCCAAAAAAGUAGAGGUUGACUCCUUUCCGUCCUGCAUAACAAACAAUGAAAAUUUAUAAGAUUAACUCACUUCUAUCUACAGCACCUAUUUUUGUCCAUCUUGUCCACUGCUUCUAUUUAAUGGCUAACUCAGUGUUGAGCUUACAUUCAAUAUUACUUUGGGACACUAACCUGAAUAUGAACUAGAUCAUCUCACGAACUUGUCCUUAACAAAUUCACAAUGACAUUGAUCAUUAAACUGUAUUUUCAUAUUUCAAUAAAGAAUGUGCCAGUUGUACAAA